UGUCAUUUGUGUACAAACUCGUACACAUUCUAUAUUUGUGAUAUUUUAAAAAGAAAAGUUAAAGAUAAAGAAAAGGAAACAAAACUACGUAUCAUCCAUUUACUUGUUACAUAAUCUUUUUUCCUUGGUUUCUUUUAUUUUCUUUUCUUGUUGGCCUAUAUUUUUUUUUAAUAUGGCCGAUUCUUAUGGUAAUGCGCCGUCCCGAGACCAUCAGCCACCGCCCUACUCUAAUAUACAAGUACCAGCUGACCCUGUUGUGCUGCAACAAGACCAAUCUCCGCGCUCCACGUCAUCGAAUCCUUCACCUAGACCCAUUCGAUCUCUGGGUCGGUCUUCCAGUUAUCCUGCUAACGGAAGGCAUCCGAGUUAUAAGGGAAUUCGAAGCCGGAGCGGUAAAUGGGUAUCGGAGAUCCGGGAGCCACGUAAAACUACACGUAUAUGGCUGGGUACGUACUCUACUCCUGAAAUGGCAGCCGCCGCCUAUGAUGUCGCAGCUCUCGCUCUCAAAGGCCCCCACACGCCCUUGAACUUCCCGGAAUCUAUUUUAUCUUACCCUAUACCAACCUCAACGUCAGCUAGAGACAUACAGGCCGCAGCAACUAGUGCAGCCGCUGCCAGGCAGCCGAAGAUAGAAACUGGGUCAAAUCAGGAUGCGGGUCGGCUUGCCGCUGAAGGCAUGUCUAGCAUUUCAAGCUACGUUGAGUCAAGUCAAGAGUUUAUUGACGAGGACAUGUUUCUAAACUUGCCAAAUUUGUUGGUGGAUAUGGCAGGAGCAAUGAUGGUGAGCCCGCCAAGGAUAAACACACAAUCAUCGGAUGAUUCGCCAGGAGAUUCGGAUGCAGAAGGCCUAUGGUCCUACCAGUAAAUGUAUCCUUUUUCUCCAGCUACGAUUUAAAAGAAAAUGGAGUGAUUUGAAGGUUAAUGUUAGGAGCUGUUCUUAUUCAAAGCUUGGGUUUUGCUUAUAUUCUAGCUAGCUAGUUUUGAAGGGUGUGCAUCGAUCACUAUCAGCGUAUAGAAAGUAGCUGAAAAACUGGUUGGUGAUUUUGCUGCUACUUAUUGUUAAUUUAGCUUUAUAUUUACAUUAUCAUGGCUGGGGAUAGGGAGGAUGCGUCUCUUUCAUGUUUGAUUUUGGUAAAAGACUUCGAAGAGAUUUUUACUGUACCAUCUCGAUGAGACGAGUCUGAUAUUUUAUGGUACGGAUUGUCUCUCAUCCCCACAAUUGUUUCACCUUUUUUUUCCUCGAGUCAGAAAUUUAUUGAUGAACGUGGCUAUUUUAUCUUAUGC